AUGUUUAUAUAUGCUUGCCUUUUUAUUAUUUAUCUUACCAAAUUCGCAAAUCCAUCUGCCAAUGCAUAUUGGCCGAUUUAUACAAUAAUUUUUUACUUUGAUUGUAUUUCGAGCAUAUAUAAAAUGACGACAAGGCGCACCCAAUUUCUUGAUGCAAUUUCUCAGCCUCAUGUCCACAGCGAAUUCGGCAAGAAAACAUUAAAGAGUAAAAUAUCAUAA